CCCCGGUGCCCCCGGUGCCCCCGCGUGCCGAGAGCCGGGCGAACCUUCAGCGGCUCCCAGUUGCCUUCAAGAUAAACUUCAGACUUUUCAGCCUAUUUCUACACCUGACUCCAUCCUCAGCCCACGUUCUCCCCACCAGCUAUUAUCUGGAGCCGAACUGAUCCAAGCUGAUCUGUGCACAUUCUUGCCCUGAGCCGGCCAGCCUUGCCUCUACUUGCCACCUUGCCUCAUCUUCCUUAUAGCAGGGGCAGCCUUCCACCACGGAGAGCCCAGCUGUCAGCUGCCGCUCAGGAAGAUGCUGCGUCGGGCCAGCGCGGAUGUGGGUGUGCGUUUGGCCGCGGCCCUGGCAGCGCUGUGGUUUUGCAUCACAGGUGCCGUGGAGGUUCAGGUGCCCGAGGACCCCGUGGUGGCCUUGGUGGGCACCGAUGCCACCCUGCGCUGCUCCUUCUCGCCCGAACCCGGCUUCAGCCUGGCGCAGCUCAACCUCAUCUGGCAGCUGACGGACACCAAGCAGCUGGUGCACAGCUUCGCCGAGGGCCGGGACCAGGGCAGCGCGUACGCCAACCGCACGGCCCUCUUUCCCGACCUGCUGGCCCAGGGCAAUGCGUCCCUGCGACUGCAGCGCGUGCGUGUGGCGGAUGAAGGCAGCUUCACCUGCUCUGUGAGCAUCCGGGACUUGGGCAGCGCCACAGUCAGCCUGCAGGUGGCAGCUCCCUACUCGAAGCCCAGCAUGACCCUGGAGCCCAGCAAGGACCUGCGGCCCGGGGACACGGUGACCAUCACGUGCUCCAGCUACCGGGGCUAUCCGGAGGCCGAGGUGCUCUGGCAGGACGGGCAGGGCGCACCCCUGACCGGCAACGUGACCACGUCGCAGAUGGCCAACGAGCAGGGCCUGUUCGACGUGCGCAGUGUCCUGAGGGUGGUGCUGGGCGCUAAUGGCACCUACAGCUGCCUGGUGCGCAACCCGGUGCUGCAGCAGGACGCCCAUGGCUCCGUCACCAUCACGCCCCACAGAAGUCCCACAGGCGCCGUGGAGGUCCAGGUGCCCGAGGACCCCGUGGUGGCCCUGGUGGGCACCGAUGCCACCCUGUGCUGCUCCUUCUCGCCCGAACCCGGCUUCAGCCUGGCGCAGCUCAACCUCAUCUGGCAGCUGACGGACACCAAGCAGCUGGUGCACAGCUUCGCCGAGGGCCGGGACCAGGGCAGCGCGUACGCCAACCGCACGGCCCUCUUCCCCGACCUGCUGGCCCAGGGCAAUGCGUCCCUGCGGCUGCAGCGCGUGCGUGUGGCGGAUGAAGGCAGCUUCACCUGCUUCGUGAGCAUCCGGGACUUCGGCAGCGCCGCGGUCAGCCUGCAGGUGGCAGCUCCCUACUCGAAGCCCAGCAUGACCCUGGAGCCCAGCAAGGACCUGCGGCCCGGGGACACGGUGACCAUCACGUGCUCCAGCUACCGGGGCUAUCCGGAGGCUGAGGUGCUCUGGCAGGACGGGCAGGGCGCACCCCUGACCAGCAACGUGACCACGUCGCAGAUGGCCAAUGAGCAGGGCCUGUUCGACGUGCGCAGUGUCCUGAGGGUGGUGCUGGGCGCUAAUGGCACCUACAGCUGCCUGGUGCGCAACCCGGUGCUGCAGCAGGACGCUCAUGGCUCCGUCACCAUCACAGGGCAGCCCAUGACAUUCCCCCCUGAGGCCCUGUGGGUGACCGUGGGGCUCUCUGUAUGUCUUGUCGCACUGCUGGUGGCCCUGGCCUUCGUGUGCUGGAGAAAGAUCAAGCAGAGCUGUGAGGAGGAGAAUGCAGGUGCUGAGGACCAGGAUGGGGAUGGAGAGGGAUCCAAGACCGCCCUGCGGCCUCUGAAACACUCUGAAAGCAAAGAAGAUGAUGGACAAGAAAUAGCCUGACCAUGAGGAUCAGGGAGCUGCUGCCCCUGCCUGGGGGCUCCCUCCCCUGGCUGCACUGGGGCCUCAGUGUGAGCCCUGCCCCCGACAGAUGGCUCCCACCUCAGCGGGUCCACUCAUUCUCCAAAGGACAGAGAGACCACCCGCAGCCUUAUUUCUCCAAUGGACGUGAUUCCCAAGUCAGCCUGCUGCCUUAUUUCUCCAGUGACACGAUACGUAAACCAUCCUGCUGUCUUCUUUCUUAUGGACGUAAUACAGACACCACCCCGCCGCCUUAUUUCUCCAGGGGAUAUGCUGUGUGGACCUUCUGGCUGCGGCAACAUUCAGAACGAUCCUCUGCCUUAUUUCUCCAAAGACAGGAGACACAGUUGCCCUGGCCUUCUUUCUCCAGUGGCCCUGAUACACUAGUCAUCAUUUCUCAGCCUUUCCUCCUCACCGCUCCCCCCCACCCCGAAGCCCAUCUCCUUAGAAAGGGCCACAGCAGCUUCAGCAUCUCCUUGAGUCCACGGGCAUCUCCCUCCUGCCUCCUCCUCCUCCUCUGGCCCCCACGUUGGCCUCCUCCCUCCCUCACUAAGUGAAGACAGGGCCCUUCCCCCCAGGCCCGCGGGGGCACACAGGUGCUUGUGCUGGAACAUGCGCGGGGACACGUCCUGACCUCCCUUCGCCCAGUCUCUCCCGUGGUGCCCUGAGCUGUGCCCUGUGAGCUCCCUCCCCGUGGGAAGCAUGUGCUGGUCACACUGGGUCCCCGGGUGUCUGCGUGGGCCCCCUGGGGGGUCCCUUUUAUCCCUCUGCUUUUCCCUCUUUUCCUUUUGUUCAUCCGGUCUAGUAAUGUUCAUUGAGCAUCCAUGGGGUGUCAGCACUGUGUUAGGUACCGGGGACCCAGGUGAGAAGACAAGCCAUCCUUGAAGGAGCUCAUCCUUCAACUGGCUUCUGUGAGGAGAUAGACAACUGCGGCUCAUGAGGGCCUUCUGCCCUGCCCCCUCCUGUACCCCUCUUCUGUGCUCACAGCUUCCUGGAUACCUCACUCCCACCCCAUCCCUAACCCCUACCAGGGCAGGGGGUGGGGGCAGAAACCUGGAGAGACAGGCGGUUUCCAAAGUCUUUCCAGGUGUGAGCAGGUGGGCAGGUGGCCAAGGCACCCGGGCCCCGGGGAACGGAAGCACAGGUGAAGCCUGGGGACGGGGCAGGGCCAGGAGGGCCGCAGGGACACAGCCUCUCGCCCCUCCCAUGGUGCUAUUCUGGGGCUGGGAGGACACCUCCUGGCUUGUCUCUCGCUGGCCCCCAGCCCCCGGAAAACUUCUGAAGUCCUCCCGCUGACAUUUCUUCCCCGGGAAUGGCAGAGGUGGCAUGUCUAAUUUAAAUGUGGGACUCUGAGGAAUUUUGUUAACUGGGGGUGUAAUUUGGGAAAAAUAAACGGCUUUGUAGAAA